UACAUUAAAAGCGAUAAGCUGUUAAGGAUCAACACAAAAUGAAGUCUCUACUCAUGGUCAUUGGUCUGGUGGCAGUUGCCCUGGCAGCUGAAACCGAUGUGACUAAGCCCGUAUUCCAGUACAUCACUACAGCCUCGCCGAUAGUAACAACAUACGAUCCUUACCGGUACUACACCGGCAGGUAUGUCAGGCCUACUGUCGCUUCCGCUGGUCGCUACGACGCAGGGCGCUACGACACUGGUCGUUACGACCCCGGUAAAUACGACCCUAGCAAAUACGACAAAUCAGGUCGUUACACUCCCGACAACACAGGACUGUACAACGGUGACCGUGGCGAUCGCGGCAGUGCUGGCGGUUUUUACAGUGGCUCUUUCGACAAAGGAGGCCCUGGUGGAUUAUAUACCGGUGAUAGCGAUGGCCAAGGCUACACUGGUGCUAACGCAGCGGCUUAUCGUGAGCCAAUCACCACGAGCGCACCCGUGACCACAAGCGCACCCGUGACCACAAGCGCACCCGUGACCACAAGUGCACCCGUGACCACAAGCGCUCCUGUGACAACAAGCGCACCUGUAACUACCAGCGCACCUGUAACUACCAGCGCACCUGUGACUACCAGCGCACCUGUGACUACUGAAGCACCUACAACCACAAGCGCACCCAUAACUACAGCUGCUCCAACGACAUCGGCUCCCACUACCAUCAAAUUUGUUAGCUCUACACCCUUAUACGUUAAGCCCAAACCCACAUUUGUUCCAUACGUUCCAGCUCCUAUUGUUACGAAGUAUAAUCCUGAUACUUAUGAUUACAAAUACGGUAUCAUCCGUUGGGAAAGCGAUGUCCUCCCGGAAGGUUAUCAUUACCUUUAUGAGACUGAGAACAAAAUCCUCGCGGAGGAAGCUGGAAAGAUUGAGCAGAUCGAUAAUACUAGCAGUGGAAUGAGAGCUAAGGGUUUCUUCGAAUAUGUGGGACCUGAUGGUGUCACCUACCGAGUAGACUACACCGCUGACGAGCGUGGUUUCUUACCCAGCGGCGCACAUUUGCCUUAAUUAAUAUUUUGCUGUUUAUGUUUUUCAAAAUACUCAUUGUUAAAAUAUUUUAAUAUUUUUGUUUCAAAGUUAUAAAUAUAGGUUCAUAAAUGUAUAA